CAUAUCCUGACACUUUUAUCAACACUUGCCAGAUGAUACAACUUUAUUGUCCUAGAUCUAAUAGAUCACAUAUAACUUAGAUCUAGAUCUAGUAACAUUAUGGAUUGUUUCGUGAACGGGUUUUAAUUGUUAAACUUUUUUGGAGAGUGGACAAGUAAAUUGUCAGCCAUGUUGCGCGUGAAAUUUCUUCUCGUGCUGUGCUUCUCUCUAGCCAUUGCCCUGAACCUGCAUCACAUGUCUGCUGACAAUCAACCUACUAAGUUUGAGAGACAAGACAAGACAUACAAGACAGACAAACUCGAUGCAGACAGUUUUGUAUUGGCCAGACAAUUCCAGAACCACAUGGUAUUACAGCGAGCACCACAAAGAGCCAACAUUUAUGGAUUCUCUCCAACCAUUGGACAGAAAGUCACGUUACAGCUGGUGACAGUGCCAGCUACAAAGACGUACAGCUACGAGACUACAGUACAUCAGGACGGCACUUGGAACUUUGUGCUCGACCCCUUCGCUGCUGGGGUCACUGUCAACAUCAGGGUCGACUCCGGGGGCGUGUCCCACAGCAUUAGUGACGUCAUCUUUGGGGAUGUUUGGAUCUGUUCUGGACAGUCCAACAUGCAGAUGACCGUAUUCCAGAUAGAUGGCGCUGCUGAAGAGAUUGCAGACGCCCACAAUUACCCCAACAUACGUCUGAUGACUGUUAGCAUGAACGAGUCGUCCACACCGCUUCGUAACUUGAUACAGAUUGACGAGCCCUGGAGCAAAGCCAAUAACAGCUCUGUCGGCUCUCACACGCCGUGGACAUAUUUCUCAGCCGUUUGUUGGCUUUUUGGCAAGAGCAUCUAUAAGGCAAGGCGCACCCCCAUCGGACUCGUAGCCACGGAUUGGGGUGGCACUGUCAUAAAGGCAUGGUCAUCCCCCGAGGCUCUUGCCCAUUGCGGCGUCCACGAAACAGAUGACCAACAAGAGUUUCACAAAGAGCUAUUGAAAGAUGUUCCUGACAGAGAUAGGUACAGACUACAAGGUCCUAAGAAUAACUCCGUCCUGUGGAAUUCAAUGAUCCAUCCUUUGCUGGGGAUGACGAUCUAUGGCGCCAUCUGGUAUCAAGGUGAAAGUGACUCCGGUGGUGCGCCCAGAAACAUAUACAACUGUACAUUCCCCACGAUGAUCAAAGACUGGAGAGGCAACUGGAACAGGGCGUCCAAUGGUCAGACAAGCGCCACAUUCCCUUUUGGCUUUGUACAGUUAGCACCGUAUCAUCCAAGUCCUGGUUCCACGUCCGGAUUCAGUGACAUCCGUUGGCACCAGACGGCAGACAGAGGCUAUGUCCCCAAUCCGGACAUGCCAAAUGUCUUCAUGGCUGUAGCUGUAGACUUGCCAGAUUUUAACUCAACUUAUGGCUCCAUUCACCCUCGCUAUAAGAGAGACGUUGGUGCAAGGCUCGCCUUGAGUGGACUGGCCGUGGCCUACCACCAGAGCGGUAUCUUCCAGGGCCCACUGCCCACAGGUUCUCAUUCAUCAGCCAGUGGUCUGAUCGUGGACUAUGGUAACACAUGGAAGCUGAGUGUGGUCAUCAAUGACGGGUUUGAGGUCCAGUGUGCUCACUUGAGGUGGGUCGCUGACCCUAUAGUUGCCCACACCAACACAACUGUCACACUGAAGCCUAAUAUUUGUCACACAGGGGAGAAAAUCACUGGUCUCCGCUACGCCUGGAGUGAGUCCCCCUGCGCUCUUCACAGAUGUGCUAUCUACGAGACAUCCCAUAAUUUACCAGGACCACCAUUUAUCUCGUACGCUGACUUUGAUCCGAAAGGAGAACCAUAUUUUACGUUUGAUCAGCAAACACAUAUCAGAAAUGAUUAAAGUUAGAAAAUUGAUUUGUGAAAAGAAAAAAAAAAUUAGAUACAUUAAAAAUUAUACUCUGAAAAUUA